CCUUGAAUAAAAAGAAAAAAGGAAUACUUAAAGAUGGUGUGUAUACUGAACUUUCGAGCAAGGAAGUGAGUCUUCAUAUGAAGAAAGACAGUUUUAGGGAAUCUAGGACAAGCUUUGCCUUACUAGAAGAUACUAUUAUGGAGGAAUCUGAGGAUUCUUCUGAGGAGAGAGAAGGCGAUGACACAUUGGAGGAAACGAGGAGUGAGAACGAUGAUGAGGCGAUGAGAGGUUCCUCUCAGUUCCGACCGGUUCAGAGUGUAAUAAUUACCCCAAGACAACAAGACGGGAUUUCCCAUACCCCAUACAAAAUUAGCGACCCACGAAACGCUAAUUUAUCUUCAGAUUAUGAGGAUGACAGAAUAUCUUUGAAAACAGACUUCUAUAGUCCUGACUUGUAUUCAAGGGAUGAUAAAGUUCAACAGACCUUGGACACUUUCAAAAAGAAACAAGUGGACAUUCAAGAAAAUCUUAAAAAGCUAGAAGGAAAGAAGGACAAGGAUGCUAAACCUAUCAUGGAAACGCUGUAUGAACAGCUUAGGGAAACCGAGCAACUAUAUCAACAGGCACUUGCUCAGCUUAAAGAGGUACAGGAUGACCUUGGAAAGAAACUAGGAAAGAAAGAGGAAAGAUCAGAACCGCAAGGUUCCGGAAAGUCAGGAGGAGGUUCCCCUUCAAGUAAACAACAAUUAAGCCCCGAUGAACAAGAGCUGACAUAUGAAUUGAAGGCACAGCUCAUGCGCAAUAUUGAAAUGCAAAACCAGAAGCUCAAGACAGAAUUAACGCUUCAUGAAAAAAUGAACGAGUCAAAGAUGUUAAACCAACAAAAUAGAAAGCUUCAUGAUGAAUCAACCAUGUCUAGAACAAACACGUUACGUCUCAUGAAGAUGUUUGAGAAGAAAGCCAAAGCUGCUGACGAAAAGUUGAAGGAAAUGCAGCGUGAACUUCAUAAAUCCCAGCAGCUAACUAAGAAAUAUCAGCAGCUUUUGGAACUGGAGAAAAGGAAAAUGGGAGGAGGAAGUGGUCACGUGACACCAGUGUCUGUAGGAGACGAUGGAGAAUCCCCCAGAGUUCCGCCCCCAUCUUCAUACUCAUUGUUAGGAGGAAACGUACGGGUCAAUGAUAUUAUAAGAAAGAAUGAGGUUCUUCUGGAAGAGAACAGUAACCUAAAGAGAGAAAUUCAGAGACUCAAGCAAGACAAUGCAACAUUGAUAAAGAAAACCAAACAUGCAAUGUCAGACAAAGACGAAAUUAUUAAAAGAAUUCAAACAUUGUAUGCAGAAAAUGCCAAGAUGCAGAGCCAACUAGCCAAAGAACGGUCACAACAUCGUCUGGACAACUCUAAUAUGAGAAAUAGAACCCUUUCUAGGGAUCUAUCUCGUGAGAAGUCACAACAUAAUUUGCUAGCCCGUAGUUUGACAAGGCAGGCUUCAGAUUGGAUAAUGUUAAAGAAACAAUUGGCCCAGUUUGAUGAGGAAUACAAAUGGAGUCAGGUAAAAACUCAGAAAGAGGAGGCUGACCAGAGAUUUGGGCGAUUGCCCCCCAUUUACACCGUCGUUCCAAUGACACCUAUAACGGAGGUGUCCGCUGAGUUGUCAACACCUGUCGACUCAUCGUCGAGUGAUCUGAGUGAUCUUGACUUGGAGUUGCGAAGGGACUCUGAUAUCGAGUUGGUUGGUCCAUUAAAUCCAACGGGCGCAGAAGAGAGAACCUACCAACAUCAUGCCCCCAAAAACGUUUAUAUGCCACGUAAAAUGUAUCCCAAGCAUGAAGAGACGUGUGUAAGUACAGAAUUUGAAGAAUUAAGGGAAUUAGACGAGAUGCUUUCAGCCGAAUGUAACAAUGAAUCCUCUGCCACCUGUACUCAUGCUGUGAACCUUUGUCGUUCAUUCAGCUUGGACAGCAGACAUUUGUUGCAAGAAUACUUCUGCACAGGAAAUAUCAAUGAAGAGUUGCUUCGAUACGAACACAUACAAGAAUUUCUUACGAUCUGCAAUUCGAUAAAAGGGCUUUCUAAUUUAAAAUGUGCUUGUGCCAGUAAGCUUUUACAAAACUUAGACAAGGAAAAGGUGUUUGAAAUUUUUGAUUUGGCAGAUAGUUUUGAGAUACCAGAGGUCAUUGAGAAAUGUGCGGAUGAGAUUGUUAAUAAUAUUGAUGACGUCAUAAGCAUGAGUGAAUUUUUGUCACUCAGAAAUUCACAAAUGAAGGCUUUAAUGAGAAGUCGGUGUUGUAGAGAAAAACUACUGCUCAGGGACGGUUUGUAUCAAUGGUGGCAAUGCGAUUCCAGCAACCGAGGUGAGGUUUAUAGAUCCCUACGUGAAAAAAUUGCUGGAAAAGUUUUUGAAGGUGAGGGUGAGUCUUCGGAAAGCUGUGAUAGUAAAACGUAUCUGGUGAUGUUUUCAAUAACAAAAGCAGACGACCAAUGUUUCAAGGAUGCAAAAGUGCUCAAUAUUACAAGUGAAAAGGGAUAUGAUGUGAAAUUAAAGGAUGUCACAGAUUUCACCAAAGGAUAUGCAGCUUGUUGUAUCCAGACGGCUGCUACUGAACCACCAUAUAUCUUUAUUUCAGGUGAAGGACAAAAGUCUCUCAAAUUUCUAGAAUGCGAUGUCAUCAUGAAUAAAUGGAGAGUUUGCGCAAACAUGAAAUAUCCUCGAACAAAUCAUACUAUGAGAAGUGUGAAAGACAAAGUCUAUGUUUUGGGUGGCAAAACUAAAGAUUCCAUUGUUCCUCAAAUUGAAGAGUUUGAUCGUAAGAAGAAUUCUUGGUCAUUAGUAGGGAAUCUGAAAUGGGGAGUUAGCUCUCCUUUGUCCAUUGUCUAUAAUGAAAAGAUUUACUUAUUUGGUGGCAAGGAUGAGCAUGGAGAAGAUGUAUCGGUUAUUCAGGUCUUUGACUUGAUGAGCAAGUCUGUGGAGGUUGUAGGGUACCUGCCUAUAGAAUGUUCCGGCGGAAGGACCGUUGUUAUUGGUCAUUCUAUUUAUAUUCUGACAGAACAAGGACACUGCAUAAAGUUCCGCGUGGAAAAGAACGAAAGCAUCAUACAGAAAGAACUACCAAACAAUCGGUCCAAGUUUGGAAUGUAUUUACGAGAGAAAAAGAUUUAUGUGACAGGGGGUAUAAAUGCCAGUAAUCAGUCACCGGAUUUCGAUCUGGUUUACUCUGUAAGCGAUAAUUCGUGUGAAAAGAUUGCACGAAGAGAAGCAAAGAGUUUGAAUGUAUUUGGACAAUGUUUUGUAAAGAUCCCAAAUAAUAUACAAUUUUUCCCUCUAUGUUGAAUUCAAAUGUUGAUUUAUAUAGCUAUACCUUGUAAUACAUGUAUUGGUAUCUAAUACUGUAUAAUACAACUCUCUCAAAGAUUACCAUAAAUUAUACACAAGUUUUAUGUAAAUUACAUGUACUAAUAUUUCCAUGACCUUGUC